AUGAUAAACUCAGAUUAAAUAAGAAAAUCAAGUUCCCAAAGAGCUACUUUAAGCACAAUGUAGAAUCAAAGAUUUUACUGUGGUUAAAAAUUAAAGAGCCCCAAUAAGGAUUUCUUAAAAAGCAGUCGAAGUUAAGUUUCACUCUCAGAAAUGUAGGACAGUAAAUCCAGAGUGAAUACUUUAUUUGAAAAAAUUAAAACUUAAAAUGCAAAUAUUCACAAAUAGGAGAACAACCUUUUUUUUAAAGUUUAAGGAGCUAUCUUAGAAUUGUAUAAUUAAUAUGAGCAAAAUUAUUAAGGUCUUGGAUCACUUGACAGAAUUAAGACAGUUUAAGAAAAUUUGUCAGUCGAAUUCAAAAAAUAAAAUAAUUAACUUAUCAAGACUUUUGAUGGCUUAAAGUUGUCAGACCUGGACUAAAAUGGGGUUAAUCAAAUUUAAAUUGAUAGAUACUAAUUUUAUUAUUUCAGGUUAAGAAUUUUAGAAAAACCUACACCAAUUCACAUUCACUUAUAAUUACCAGAAUCAUUAUCAUUUUUAUUGUUUAAAUUGAUGCUCUCUGUAAAAAUUGAAUUUCCUACUAAAUUUAAUGCUGAUUAAAUAAUCUAAAGUAAUUAUGCAAAAGUUUAUUCAAGUAAUCCUUAAGCUCAUUAUUUUAAAGAGGAAUUUCUUUAUCUAACAUUUUAUUCUCAUGUAGAUUUUAUUCUAAAGAUAACUGUGAAUUUUGGAUAAUUUAAUGUUGAAAAGACUCCAUCUAGGCGAAAUGAAUCUAGAUCGCCUAUAUUAAAGAUGGUACAAAGUGAUAAUAUAAAGUAUAUAAAUACUCCUGAUAGAAAGAGAGAUAUAAAAGGAUUCUCUCAAAUAAAAUCAAAUAUUUAUUAAUCAUCAGUAGAAAAAGAAACAGAAUCUAGUAGAGUUUAAACUGAAAAUUCAGAUAAAAGAAAAUUUAUUAAAAUGAAACCAGUUUAAUCUAAAUUAAGCACUUUAUUAACAAAUAUUGGUAAAGAAUUUUCUGGUUUGACAAAAGAAGAGAGAAUAAAAAAGAUUGAAGAGCAUUAAAUAUAAAAAAGAAAAGAGUUAGAAAAAGAUUAUGAAAAUAAAUAAAGAACUUUCUUAUAUGAAUUAGAAAAAAAAAAAUAGUUAAUAGAGCAACAUUCCAAAAUAAAAAAACAAAAAAUUGAAUUAGUUUAACAAAACAAAAAAAAUAAUUUUAGUGAAAAAUAAUAAUUUAUUAGAGAUAAAUUAUUACUUUAAGAAUAGAUCUCAUAAUUUAGAGAGAUAGAGCGUUCUUUUAGUAUUAGAAAAGCUUAUGCAUAUAAAAUAGCAUUAAGUUGGGGUAGAAUAAUAAAAUAGAUUCUUUUUAUAGAUACAUUGUAUACUGUUAUAAAAGUAAAUGAUGAUAUUAAAUUUGUAGGAUAGUAAAAAAAAAUCCAAAAUUUAAGCUAGAGGUAAAUUAUUGGUUUGGACUAUUAAAACAAAAGCAUUAAUUUAAGCAAAAGAAUAUGGCUACACAACUAAAGAAAGAACAAUAACAAAGAGUUGUAUAGCUUUAAAAAUGGUUGCUGUCAAUUUAAGAAAUAAAAUAAAAUUAUCAAGUUAAGCAAUAUUAACUAAAUAUUUGAUUUAAAUGAGAUUGGCAGUAACAAUAAUCCAUUAACAUGAUAAGACAUUAAAAAAAAGUAUAAUAAAAGUUUAUUUUUAAGUAAUUUAGAUCCAAAGGAAUUUUAGAACUUUGAAAUUAAAAAAAUUAACUUAUAGAGAUAAAUUCUUGAAGCUUAUUAAAGAUAAUAUUAAUUUAACUAUUGAUGAGCUUUAAAGAUAAUAUGGAAAAAAAACAUUUUACGAUAUCAAUGAUAAACCUGUAUAAUAAAUGGAUAUGUAUAAAAUCAUUUUAUAUUUUCAAGAGUUUGUAUAAAUUAAUUGAUUGAUGAAUAUUAAAAAUAAAAAAAGCAAAUAUGGUAUGAAUACAUAAACAACAAAUUUUUUGAAAAAGAUUUCCAUAAAGUAUGUUAUAAUGAAUAAUUAGAAAAUGAAAGAUUUUGCUAUUAAUUUGAAAGAACCUUAAUUAUAUGAACUCCCUAAGAGAAAAGAAUUGAUUUAAAUAAUUGAAAAAUACGGUAAGAUUAAAAAAUUACUCUGA